AUGAGUUCAAAUAACUUACCCGCUACCUUUCCUUUGCAAGGGAUACCCGCUACUUAUGACUGCAGGAUGGUAAAUGGCUCGAGUAAACUCUCGGACUCGUGGCUUCAUAAUGAAUAUCAAAAACUCUCGCUCAUAUCACCAGAUAAUAGAAAUUCCGUUCGGGAAAGCAGAAAAAGAAUAAGAAAUGUUGGCGAUCGGGAAGUUGGGGACGAUAUCAUCUUGGGGGAUCGUGAUAGUACUGAGUCUUGUGAUGAUAUGAUUAUUUCCGAUACUGAUACUAAUAGUCAAAUUUCUGGAUUUGGUAACGGCUCUGGAAGUGUUUCAAAUUCAGGUCUUAAUUUGGCAACUAUGGGUGCUCCAACCCCCUUAUCUAACUCUUUUGCUAUUAGAGAAAAUAGCUUGAUUCACCCUCCUAAAAGAAGGUUGACUAGCGUUGUUUCAGCAAACGCCGGUGCUAAUCAAGAUCAACAUAUCUCUGUUCAUCCCCGUACCCCUAAUGCCCUUGAUUCCCCUACCAAUACCCCAGUGUCUGAUAUUGAUGAACAACCCCAACAAUUGCCCUUACCUUCUCCAAGCGCUUCUCCAGUGCAAAGUGGUCAGGAUAAACCUGCAGUUUUCGAUCCAAUAGAGAAUGCUCUUUCUAAUACCCCAACUACUCAGCAGGAAUUGCUUGAUUUAAUUGUUAAUUUAUCCGGAUAUCUUCAUGAAAGUAAUAAAAAUAAUUUGAUCUUCCAAUUAUUACAGGGUGCUAAUAGAUCAUCUUUGAGUUCUUUUAAUGGUAUCAUUCACGAUAGUUUGAAACGUGACUUGAUUAGUAAUUUACCUUUGGAAAUUUCCUAUAAUAUUUUAUCCUUACUUGAUUGUAAAUCAUUACUUUCUGCUUCUUUGGUUUGUACAAAUUGGAAUAAAAUUAUAGAUAAUGCUGAUAUUUGGACUCAAUUAAUUAAAAAGGAUAAACUUUUAAAUGAUGAUGAUGCAAUUGAUGAAGAAUUGGCAAACCCUAGAAAGCUUAUCAAUGAAUGGGCCGCUGAUCCAAAUUACCAUUUAAAAAAUAUGAAUAUUGCUCAAUUUCUUUAUAAGAAAAGAAGUAUCAUAUUACGUAGAUGGAUGACUCCUUGGUAUCAACCAAAAAGAAUCAGUGUACCAAGUCAAGGCAGUAAUGUUGUUACCUGUUUACAACAUGAUGAUGAAAAAAUUAUCACUGGUAUUGAUGAUAAAUUAAUCAACAUUUACAGCACUAAAACUGGGGAAUUAUUAAAAGUUUUAAAAGGUCAUGAAGGCGGUGUUUGGGCCCUUAAAUAUACUGGUAACACUUUGGUUAGUGGCUCGACUGAUCGUUCAGUUCGUGUUUGGAAUAUCAAAACUGGUAAAUGUACCCAUGUUUUCCGUGGCCAUACAUCAACUGUUAGAUGUCUCGAUAUUUUACAUCCAGUUAAGAUUGGGAAAAAUGAUAAAGGUGAAGAUAUAAUUUUCCCAGAAGUUCCAUUAUUGGUUACAGGUUCUAGAGAUCAUAACUUACAUGUUUGGAAGUUACCCUUGGAUAAUGAAAAUGAUCCUGAUCUGUACAAAUUGCAGCAAGUUUAUGAUAGCACAGAAACUACUAAUAAUCCUUAUCUUGUUGCUGUUCUCACCGGACAUUCUCAGUCUGUCAGGUCUGUCACUGGGUAUGGAAAUAUCAUUGUGUCUGGGUCAUAUGAUACUACCGUUCGGGUUUGGGAUUUACUUGAGGAAAAUAAAUGUAAAUUCAUUUUGGAAGGCCAUAGCGAUAGAAUAUAUUCAACUGCCUUAAAUUUCCAAACAAAAAGAUGUUACUCGGGAUCAAUGGAUUCCUCGAUUAAUGUUUGGGAUAUUGAAAAAGGUGAAUUACUUUAUUCAUUAGAAGGACAUAGCUCAUUAGUUGGAUUGUUAGAACUUUCAGAUGAUUAUCUCGUUUCUGCAGCUGCAGAUUCAACUUUGAGAGUGUGGGAUCCUCAAUCUCCAGAAAACUUUAGUAAAUUGAAAGGUCACAGUAAUGCAAUUACAUGUUUUCAACACGAUAGUCUUCGUGUUGUUAGUGGUAGUGAACGUAUGUUAAAAUUAUGGAAUAUUGAAACUGGUCAAUUUGUACGUGAUUUAUUGGCCGAUAUAACUGGAGGUAUCUGGCAAGUAAGGUUCGAUGUUAAUAGAUGUGUUGCAGCAGUUCAAAGAACCAGGGGCGAAAAUGAAGAAACCUUUAUUGAAAUUUUGGACUUCAGUGUGCCACCUUCCAGAGAGUCUUUCAACGAUGGCAGGAAAAUUGAUUUACCACGAAAGUAA